UGUGUGUGUGUGUGUGUGUGUGUGUAUGAUGGGUACAUCUCUCUGUGUGUGUGUAGAACCCAGACAUGGUGCUGGUUCACUACCUGAAUGUUCCGUCGCUGGAGGAUCAUGGGAAGGCAUGCGGCCCAUUGCUAUGCGCCGUUGCCGACCGCCGAGACUCACUACGCUGGAGCCGAGAUGAACUACUGGCUCAGCUCAAACCUAUGUUCCACAGCAUGAAGUGGUCAUGUGGAGAAGGUAAUGGAUCAUCAGAGUUCUCUAUAGAACAACUGGCUCAACAGAUCCUGGAGUCGCAACAGACCAAACCCCAGCCUCGCACACACACCUGUCUCUGCAGCUCCGCACUGGCGUCUCCUGGAGCUAACAUUCCUCACCGCUGUAAACCUGCUACAAUCAUGCAGUACAGUGUACAGUCAGUAAGCAGUUUAGCAGUUACACUGGUGGGCCCCAGUGGCAAUAAAUUAAUACACCCAAAAACGUACCUUGACUUGAAAGAGUUCCAGUGUUGUGAGGACGGAAGCUAG